AUGACGCAGUUGAAGAAAGAAGCGGCAAAGUCAACUGACAGUGCAAGGGUGGUGCAACCUAUUGCAGAAUCACCGGUGAAACCCAAGGUGACGUCUGCAGGAGACACGCCAAGUACAGGAGGCAUGAUGGAGGUGAAAGAAACGGCAAAGUCAGCUGACAGUGCGGGUGUGCAAUCUGCCGCAGAAUCAUCGACGAGCGCAAAGGAGGCCCAUGUAUCAAAGGAUGUGACCGCUGAAACGAGUGAGAGCAAAAGAACUACUCGGACUGUCCAGGAACCUUCCGACGGUUGUGCCAUGGAGUGGCACGACGCUGAAGAACCCGGGACUGGAGGGAAAAGACCACGAGACGCAGUCCUAUCAGAACCAAAUGAUGCAAGCAGUCAAGAACCGCCUGCGAAAGCGGCUGUCUUUCGGAGGCAGCGGCUGAUGGUCAAGCCAAACGUCGUAGAAGGGGAAAAGAGGGCGGCCAAGCCGCCCCCUUGA